GUUCAUAUUGGUUGCCAUGGUAUGUGUGGCUUUAUUCGAGACGGCCUGAAUGUGGCGCCCAUCGCGGCCACUCACAAUGGCGCUGACUUCCGCGUGCAAAAACUGGCCUUGCAGCUGGGCGAGAGACGCGUGCUGGCGCGGCGCCGGCGCGCCCACUCGGGCUCCGCUUCGGAGCGCAGCAGGUUCAACGCCAACCUCCUCGCCGAGCCUGCCCGUCUCACCAUCGACGUGGGCGACUUCAACGAACGCCCGGUCCACUGCGACGGGGAGGGGCGGGCGGCGAUUUGCCCCGAGGAGCCGACGUUCCGCCGCCACCCACAUGAAGGGGAGUGGCUGACCACCAUCGACGGAGCGGUAUUCGCUACCGCGCUUGCGGCUACAGCCGCAGCUACAGCUUGGGAUCCUGUCGAGCAUUCGCAACGUCGCCCUGUGUUGGUGGAAGCGGCUUUACCUCCUGAGUUCCGCGAGGGCUUCCGGUGGGCCGUCGAGCCUAUGCGCAUGGGCGCUUGGGGUACUACUGCCAAGGGCGAGUUUGCAGACGCGCUCCCGUCCGACAUCGAUCAGGCGUGGGCUAUCUGGGCCGACGCGGCCGGUGCUCUGGAGGCCGAAAACGCGUUUGGCAUGAUCACGUCCAUCGUCGAUGACGCGAACAGCGUGCGACUCAGAGAUUGGCGACAGCGGAUGGGUGCGCGGGGUGGCGCGGCCAAGUGGAUGAAGCGCAGGCUCGACGCGCUCUGCGAAACUAUCCUGCCCGCCGUCGGCGCCGAGGUCAUGUCCCCGCGAAAGCUGGCCCAGAAACUCAGUUGGAGGCUCGCCAGGCAAUUGCGCACCUACCAAGACUUCGAGUGGAUUUUCACCGUGUUCGCCAUGGCCCUGGUCUUCCCCGUGGACGCCAGGCCCCGAUUCGAUUUAUCGCUGCUGCCAUCUGCGCUGGAAUAUCGCCCACUGGGGCAUUGGCGUGCCGAGCGCAUCCUAGAGUUUCUGCCCGAGGGCGCGAGCGGCAGCGAGGGCCAGUUUGUGGCUUGGGUAGAGAACAUGCGCAAAGACUCCCUGGACCGCCUCGCCCUGCUCCUGACCGCGGCGGACGCUGGCAGGCUGCCUGGCAUCCUGACACAAGCUCGGGUUACUAUUCUAUCGAAAGGGCUGGAGUCGCCCCCGGGAGACCGUCGGCCGCUCACUGUCUUACCUGUUGCUUGCAGAUUGUGGACACGACGCCAUGCUGCCCACCUGACACAAUGGCUGCUGGAGUGGCAACCAGCCGGCUUGGCAGGAGCAGUGCCUCGACAUUCGUGUCCGGACGUAUGGUGCGAGUUGCAAGCAAAGCUGGCGCAGGCGCGCGUGGCGCAGACCGACCCAGCUUACGUGCUGUCCCUGGACCUAGAGAAGUGUUACGACUGGCUGGACUUGCACAACCUGCUGGAGCUGACCAACCACCUGGGCUUGGACAUCUGCAGGCACGUCCUGCGGAACUACCAGAACCUGUCCCGCAUUCUGUUCGUUGAUUACCAGCCAACGGACGUCGUGCUGCAGGGCGACAACCUUGUCGGCGUUCCGCAGGGCUGUCCUGUGGCGUGCUUUCUGUGUAACUUAACUUCAAUCAUGUGGCACUUGGCAGUAGAGCGGGCGGUCCCCACAGCAGCGCUCUUCUCGUGCGUCGGCGGCAGGUUCAUUCUGGCCCGCUCGUGGCAAGAACUCGCAAAUGCUCUGGCAGCCACACGCGAGAUUGACCGUGCCAUUGGCCCAGACCUGAACGUGCCGAAGUGCGCCCGCGAGUUGUUCCACUACGGCCAGUUUCGAAAACGAGUGGACGUCAUCAAGAUCUCACCACAAACACAACGAGGCGCUGGUGUCGCCGACGCCGUGGUGGCGCUCUGGUGCGACGGCGGCUAUGCUUUUACGAAGACUCAGAUGUCGGACGCAGCGGCCGUGGCCGCCGUAUCGUUCAUGGGCAAUGCAUCGCCAGGCCGAGUGGGCCGGAGAUCGCGUGACCUCGCCCACCUGCUUGGGCCGGGCGCACACCGAACGCACUUGACGUGCGCGGCUGUCUACACGGCGAUCCGCAUGUUCUACAGGGUCGUUCUGGCCAACAUUGUACCUUUGAGUGUGUGGCGUUCUUCGUGGGCACAGCGACGACGCCACAAAUUUGGACCUUUCACUUUGUUGGAUCGAGCUUGUCGGGCGUUGGGUAUUGAGUGGCACGCCGCCACGUCUUUCAAGAGCACCCACUACGCCUUCACUUUCAGCAUUCGCCCCGAGCUGCUUGCCCAAGCUGACCGGCGCGAUUAUCCACGACUGCGCAAACCUGCUCGGGUAGACGCUCGGCUUCACGACCUGUGUGUCUUCUUGCGGCGCUGCCUUGCUGAGCGGGAGGCCGCCCGCCGGCCGAAGGAUUUCGGCGGCCUGCACCAAGGUUUCUCCGAGGUGCGUGGGGCACGAGAGCACAUGUUCGGCGCGCAGCUGCACUACGGCGGCCCCGCGCUCACCACCGGCGGUAUCUGGACCUCCCUGAGCAAGACCCGCAACCCGAACCACGACGGCGACGAGAUCUGCGUCCGCUGCAAGGGCGCGCUGCCCGUGCAAUGCGGCUGCACGCGGCGUGCUUGA